AUAGGUUUGUUAUCUGUUAGUCAAAAUAAACCCCAAGUGGUGGAUGCUUGAUGUUCGAGGCUUAUUUGUGACUCAUAAAUGAAGCCUCGAGCCCACACAAACCCCAGAGAUGGCAGAUGAAUCCCAGCAGACGCAAGUUAACAGCAGUAAUGACGAGGAGAACAAACGCUACUGUUGGGUAUGUUAUGCGAGUGAUGACGAUGAUGAAACAGCUCCCUGGGUCAAACCAUGCAAGUGUAGGGGAACUACAAAAUGGGUUCACCAGUCAUGCCUGCAACGGUGGGUGGAUGAAAAGCAGAAAGGCAACUCUACGGUUAAGGUCAACUGUCCACAGUGUGGGGUUGAAUAUUUCAUUGCCUUCCCUAAUAUGGGUCAGUUAAUGUUGUUUUUGGAUAGAGUGGAUGCUUUUAUAUACAAAGUCUGUCCAUUUGUGGCUGCUGGUGUUGUUGUUGGGUCAAUCUACUGGACUGCUGUAACAUAUGGUGCCAUCACUGUCAUGCAGGUUGUUGGGUACCAGGAAGGUAUGGCACUGAUGGAACAAGCUGAUCCACUGGUUCUCCUGGUGGGACUGCCUACAAUUCCUAUUUUCCUUAUCUUAGGCAAAAUGGUUCGUUGGGAAGAUAAAGUACUUGGACUUAUUAGGGCCUCAGUUCAAAGACUUCCCUUCUUAAAAUACCUUCUCCCUGCAUUCAGAUAUGAAGAGCCAGCAGGAGUGAGUACAACAGCGGUAAUAAGUGAUCCAGUUAAUGCAACGAGGGUGCUCUGUGGUGCUCUCUCACUGCCAACCCUUGCCACAAUUGUGGGAAGACUCUUCUUCCCAUCUGCUCAUGAUAAUCUUACCAGAACUUUGCUUGGAGGAGCAUCAUUUUUGGUGGUCAAAGGUCUCUUUAAGGUAUAUUACAAGCAGCAACAGCAUGUGAUGCAGAGUAGACGAAAGAUUAUAGAUUAUCCUCAGGAUCCCUCGACCUCACAGGUCCCCACUGCCAGCACUCCCCAGGCACCACCACCCACACCACAGGAACUUCCCAUCACUCCAUCAUUACUGACUGCUCCACCUUCUUCUAGCCAUGAGUCUGAACAACAGUUUUUGCAACAGCAGUAACAAUAAAUCUGUGAGAAACUUCUUUAGAUAUUAUUUUCUUGAUCUAUGAUAUUAAACAGACUGAAUACGUAUUCAUUUAUAGUACUGGAUUCACAAGUUUAAAAAAGUCAUGGUUCUAUUUUGUUAAAUAUGAGAUGGAUGUUGAAAAUACUGUUUACAGGUAUCUGUAUAAAGAAAUCACAGGUCUCCUGAUACUUGUGAUUUAUGGAUAUUUUAAUCACCAACUGGAAACACAGAAGUGACACAAGCAUCUUUUACUUUUAGAUACUGGUAAGUACACCCUGAGAGGGAUUCAAAAGAAGCGAAAGUGAGAACAUAAAAUGGUGGAGAGGGGUGCAGGUUCCAACAAAAGAUAAAACUGUUUGCUGAUAAAUUAGGUUGAUUGUAUAGUUGAAUAACUUAAAAUUUCGGUGAGAGAGUCAAUAGCACUAUCUGCUUUUAACUUUUGUUUUUAACUUAUUGGCCAUUUCCCAGUAAGACAGUAUAACUUAACCCUUAAACUGUCCAGAUGUAGAUCUACGUUCACAUGCGUAGCAUUCCGAACGUAGAUCUGUUUUAUUUUACAUGCUUUCAAAUGUAAAAUAACGUAGAUCUAUGUUCAGAGUGCUACGCACGUGAACGUAGAUCUAUGUUUGGACAGUUUAAGGGUUAAAGAAGGAAACUUUCCGUAACUUAUUUCUUAACUACUGUUCCAAAAGUGCACAGACAUCACAUUUGAAAUGUCCCAAGAGAAAAGGGGACUGCACUCCUCACCUCCACACCUAGUCUGGCUAAUCUCUUUCUGUGAAUUCCUUCAUAUACGCUACAUUGCUUAUGUUUUUACCUGUAUCUGGUUUAAAGUAUAUUUGCCAAAUCAAAGAAGAUUAAAAAGGUAGGGAAAUUGACAUGCAAUUGAUGAUUAAUGGUGUUUGCUUUUGUUUGUUUAUAAGGAAAAUUGGAUACAUCAACAGUGUGCUGCUAUCCUAUUCUGUAUGAUUGUAGCUAGCCAUGUCUUCCUGUCAUAUUCCAUCAUGCAGGAUGGAACUUGUACUAAGUAUUGAAAUGUCAUCCUCAGCAAAAAAGACACACAAACUACACGUAUACAGUAUGUAGAUUUUUUUUUUUUAUAAAUUACUUUAAUUACACACAUUAGAUGACAAUGGAUUAUUCAAAAUUAAUUACUUAUGUUGUUUAUGAUCAAACUUUAAAUAUACAAGAAAAGGUUUUAUGAGAGGAGUAAAUAAGCAAACUGAUUUGAGCCUCCAGAAACAUCAUUUAAAUCUUAAUUUGAAUUGUAGGAUGACUGAAGGAAACAUUAAGUUACUAGAAAAUGUGCCUCUGAAUCAUGCCAUGAAGAAUUAGCAUAAGUGUUAGGAGGCCUAGAUGACUUCUAAUACAGUAUGCUAGGAAGCUGAGUGGACUGCUAAUGCAGUGUUAGGAAGUCCAGAGGACUGCUAGCAAAUUUGAUGUCAGUGAAUAAAAUAAUUUUUUAUAUUUUUCAUGUUUUUCACUUUUCCUAAAUAAGAGAGCAACAAGGAAAAUGCCCAGGAAGAUGCUUAAAAGCUACUUCCACAAGCAUUGAUCAGUGUCUAAUUUGUUUUGCACUGAGCUUAGAUUUUUUUAAAAUGAAUAAAAUGUUUAAUGGCUUCCUGUCACAGACAAACUACUCUGAAUCAAAGCUAGCUACAAGAUAGAGCAACAAAGCUGUAUUAAUUUUAUGGAGCUGUAUUAGUUUUAUAGAGAUAUAUUAGUUUUACAAUGCUCUGUUCUCACUUUUGGGGUAAAGGAUGUCUCUUUAAAAUAUCAUGGAUUUGUUAUAUCUUUAGAAGAAUUUUGUGGAAUUUAUACCAAAGAUCAUUUUAUUCAUGAGAUUUCUCCCUAAGAUUGUGUAAGCAAUUAUUAUGGUCUGUGAUCAAUCAUGUGUGACCCCUCAUUGAAUUAGUACAUCUUUUUUUGAUACUACACUAGAGAAUAAUAGUCUUCAAUCCUUUGACUGUUUUCCUUUGCUGCUUUAUCAUUUAGGGUAUGAAAAUAUUGGAGCAAAAUAGUGCAUAUACAUGAUCUUAUUCUAUCAGUAUUGAUUUUUGGCUCUUUUUUUUAGAAUUCUUGGAUCAUGUAAAAUUUGUAAGCAGUCCUCUGGGCUUCCUAACACAUUAUGAGUUAAUUUCUUUCCUUGCAAUUUGAUUCGGAGGCCUGGUCUAUGGUUAGUUAAUGCUACCUUUAUCAAAUGAUUAAAAGAGCAGUAGUGUCGAAGCAUUUAUUUACAAAUACUUAAAUGUUAUCUCAACAUUUGAUUUAUUUUAAGUUAGAUCAUAAAAUUAUUUAAACCUGUUGGUUUUUUACCUUAACUUUUUUCUAGUACAGUAUGUGUAAUGAAAGCAAUUUAUAUAAAGCAUUUAUUAUUAAAUUUGAGGGCAGAUUUGCUUAAAUAUCUUUUGUCAGCUUGUUUGAUUUGACAAAUGUACAUACUCCAAAUUAGAUAAACUCUGGUACAGGUAAUAAUACGUACUGAGACUUACAUUUACACAUGUCUCAAUUUUGGUGUGACUAUUCAAUGAUUCUAUAUUAUUAAUAUUCAGUUUUAUAUUUUAUGUACUGUAUUGUAGCACAAUCUGCUAUACUAAAUCCUUCCCUACACACAUCUUAAAAAUGUCACUUAGAACUGAUGAAGAACUGAGUAGUUUGAAAUGCUAAUUGCUUUCCUGUGCUUCUAGUUGCUAAUUGAAACAGUUUAUUAAGUAUGAGACUUUGUGAUUUCCACUCAGUUUAUCUAACAAAGCUGUUGUUGCUUUGAAACCCAAAAUCACACCCUCUAGCUAAAGUGCCAGACAUAUACAUUAUAUAUUAUAAUAUAUGUUCUUUCUGUCAACAAACCAGCCGUAUCCCACCGAGGCGGGGUGGCCCACUGAAGUAGGGUGGCCCAAAAGGAAAAACACAAGUUUCUCCUUUUAAAUUUAGUAAUAUAUACUGGAGAAGGGGUUACUAGCCCCUUGCUCCCAGCAUUUUAGCCGCCUCUUAUGACACGCAUGGCUCACGGAGGAAGAAUUCUGUUCCACUUCCCCAUAAUGUAUAUUUCUGGCACUUUAGCUAGAGGGUGUGAUCUUGGCUUUCAAAGCAACAGUAGCUUUGGUAGAUAACCUGAGUGGAAAUUUAUUAUUGCAGUUAUUCCACUAAAAGAAAUCUGAACAAAAAAUUAGUGUUAUAUAUUUCAUUGAUCUUAAAUAAUAUGACAACAGACUGACCUUAUUUAAGUUGGGCAAGAUUAAGCUAAAUUAUUCAGCAGGUGCUCAGUUAUCUGAGCAUUUCCAUAUGAUGUAACACAUCUUGUAUGUUUUAUCCAGACACAACAAUAAAAGUAACCUGAGCAGUAGAUUUCUAAAACUAUAAGUAAAAAUCUAAACAUCUUUGCAAAAUUGUACCAAACAAAUAGGAACCUACCACACCAAUAUUAGUUAUCCAUCUACAGAAACUUCAAUAAAUAAAUAGAAAAUUUGAACAAAAGCUUUCAAAAAUGUACAGUAUAUCUCAUAAUAUAGCCCUACAUUGUAUGAUUUUUUUGAACAUUGUUGAAAAAUAGCUGCAUUCUUUUCAUAGGGCACUGAAGCCCUUCAUAUUGUGCUCUGCAGAUCUAUAAAAAAAAAUAGAUUAUGUGCAAAAUUUGGGUAAUCUCCAUAGCUUUUUACAAUCUACUUGCUGGGUCACUGGUGGUGCCCUCACAGCCCCUGGUCUUGCACUCAGCAAGAGCAAGACACUAGACAACAAUGUUCUUACUUAAAUUUUAUUUUCUGAAUUAUAUGUACAGUACCAUAUGAAUGCUUAAUUUGUAUAUUUAUAUAAAUAGUUUGAAAAGAAUAUUCAGUGCAUUAACAUCAGGAAUACUCUUUGUUAGUAACCCAGAAUUGCACAUUAUUAACCCUUUCAGGGUCCAAGGCCAAAAUCUGAAGUGGUGCCCCAGUGUCCAAGAAUUUAAAAAAAAAAAUUUUUUAUUUUUUCUUAUGAAAUGGUAGAGAAUCUUUUUGUGAAUGUAAUAAAACAAAAAGUACGAAAUUUGAUGGAAAACUGACGAAAUUAUGCUCUCGUGAAUUUUGAUGUGUCAGCGAUAUUUACGAAUCGGCGAUUUUGCCGACUUUGACUCCCAUUUUAGGCCAAUUACAUUAUUCCAGUCGACCAAAUUCUUAGCUAUUUCACUAGUAUUACUUCUGUUCUAUCGAUUGAGCACAAGAAAUCGCCAAGUCAACUGUUUCAACUACAAAAUAAAGUGACCGGAAAUUGGUAAUUUGGCCAAUUUAACACAAAGUUCAAAAUAUUCCAAUUUCAAAAUAGGGUCCAGAAUAAACAAUGUAGGUAUUCCUGGCACUAAACUAACAUUAACUCUGUUCAUUAGUUAUGUUUUGAGGCUUUACAAAUAAAUUCCGUUUUGAUUUUUUAUUCACAUGAAUUUUUAUUCACACCAAAAAAUAGAAGAUUUACUGUUAUGCAAUAUUGUAAUAAUUGUAUAAAUAUCAUCACCACA